UCUCUGGCUAACCAUGUAUUUGAUCUCCUUCUCUGUGACUCAAAACACCUUAAAAAGAUAAACCAUGAAAAUCAUUCAUUCUUCUCCAUUAUGUGUUUUGUGUCUAUUCUCACUCAUACUCGCUACAAGUUCUACUACACUACUUCCUCCAGCAGCCUUAGAAUUGUCAAAUUCGCGAAACACACAGGAAACUGUAAUAACUGGCCGCCGGCCAAAGCCUGAUAAAGAGGGGGUAUAUAAUGUGUCCAAGGAUUUAUGCUGGGGCUGUAUAGGUGAGUCUUUCCAGUAUUUGUUUGCUCAUAAUUGGAUAAGGGCGCAAAAGUGGGAGAUGCCAUUGAUAUGGGAUUCACAACUUGAAAAGUAUGCAAGAUCGUGGGCGAUUCAAAGGAAAAGUGACUGUAAUUUACGACAUUCAUUCCCUGAGGGAAAUUUCAAGUUAGGGGAAAAUAUUUAUUGGGGAAGUGGUACAACUUGGGAACCGAUGGAUGCCGUAAAUGCGUGGGCUGGUGAGGAGAAGUUUUAUUCAUACGCUACCAAUACAUGCCAAGCCGGUAAAGAGUGCGGGCAUUAUACACAAAUUGUGUGGAGAAAUACGAGAAGGAUUGGAUGUGCUCGAGUUGAGUGUGAUGAUGGUGAUGUGUUUAUGAAUUGUAAUUAUGGUCCGCCUGGUAAUAUUAUAGGCGAGAGACCAUAUUGAUUAUCUUGUUCAUUCGGAUUUAUUGUGAUAACAAAUUCAAAAAGAUAAUUUAGUUUAGUUUAUUUAUUUAUUUUGGUUACAGAAGUUGUUUGAUUGUGUAAAUUAGUUUCUGCAUUAUUAUAAGGCUCAACGUGAAUACAUG